GGUACGACUUUUGCAUUCAACUCGAAAUGUGUGUUCAAAUCAAAGGUGCAAUGCGAAGCGUGCAGUUAGAGUAGUUUGGCUUUCAGUUACGGUGGUUUUGUGAAUGGAAUGUAUGAAAAAUACAAAUAAAACAUAUUGUUUCCGUUCGAAUUAGUGUAGUGUUUCAUUUGGAAAUGUUUGGAGAAAAAAGUUAUCGGAACAAAUCUAAUGAUUUUCAUACAAGCGGAAACGACGCUAUGUGAAUAGAGAAUUCCAGUGCAUUCAGCUCGAUUUGGGAUAUAAGUGUUGCAUUCCGAAUUGAGUUCUUCAUAAAUCAACUAAAGCUGUAAAUAAAAACCAAAUAAAAAUUAAUGCCAAGCAUAAUUCGUUCGGGGAAAAAGAAAAGAAAAUAAGAAAAAUGGAGAUAUCUUCAUUGGUGGUUGAUUUCGAUGAGUUGCGACGGUGUCAAGACGUUUUGACAGAUGGAACUGCCGAAAUUGAAUUCCGUCGAUUUCUCCAAGUGAUGGAAGAAAGUCGUACACAGUGGCAGGCAACAACGGCUGAGGCACAAAGAUUGCAACGAGAGCUAGAUCGAUUGCAACGAAAAUACGAUGAAUGUGCACAAGAGCGAUUAGAUUUUGAAACUAAAUUGUUUCAUGCGCGUCGUCUAUUGGAAUCAGAGAGCAAAGCAAAACGUCAACUGGAAGAGAAACUGUCAACAGUGUGUGAUUUUCUGCAUACAGAUCGUGAGCUCAACAACGAAGUUCGUGACACAUUGGCAUCACUGAACAUUUCAUCCCAUAAACGCCGAUCCAGGUCAAACAGAUACACUGAAGAUCGGCACUGCAAUGACAUCAAUUCGACGACAUCGUUUUUGUCGGACUUGUCUGUGACACAAUUUGACGACGAUUUUCACGAAAUGACAAGACCCUUCAAAAAACAUUGUCCAUCGACGAUAGCAUCCAACAUUUCAUGCGUUGAAUCGAAACAAAAACGGCGCAGUGCGCGACGGAGCAUGGAUAUGCGAAAAAAUACAAGUUUAAUCGAAUUGGAUGGUCCUGAGCAAGUUAUUGCCAACGCAAAAAUAACAAUCCCUCAGGAUGACGGUCCAAUUUUGGCAACAUCAAUCAUUGAAACCGUUCCGAAUUCGGCGCUUUAUGACAAAUUCCGUCGAAUUGAUAGUGAACUACCGCAAGAGGAAGUGAAAGAAAACAUUGAACUUUCGGAAAGUGCUACGACAACUGCAACUCUAACAUCGAAUAAGCGAUCGUUGGAUUUGCAAGACGUAUCGCCCGCACCAAGUGCACCACUCCAAGAAAUUAUCAAUAAUCCAAAGUUUAUGCUAAAUUUGCCGGUUCGCCAACAUGAAUUCAACAGCAGAACGAUUUUACGGUCGGAAUCUUGCGUGUAUUGCUUGAAAAAAUUUCGAUUCGGAUCAUCAGCAUUAAAGUGCCGCAUGUGUAGUAUUUAUGUUCAUGCAGACUGUAAAGCUCAGUAUAAAAUGGCUUGUGUUCCGAAGAAUCAUGACAAACACGGAAAAAUUGGCCAUAUCACCGAUUACGUGUCGAAUGAGACGCCGAUGAUACCGCCACUCAUUGUACAUUGCAUCAACGAGGUUGAGUCAAGGGGUCUUUUGGAGAAGGGCAUAUAUCGUGUUUCUGGCUCUGAGAAAGAGAUCAAAUCACUCAAGGAGAGAAUUCUGCGCGGAAAAUCGGUACUGAAUCUAUCAAGUGUUGAUAUUCAUGUGGUUUGCGGUUGCAUCAAAGACUUUUUGCGUGGAUUAUGCGAAACACUCAUCCCAACCAAUUUGUGGACGAAUUUUUCGAAUGCGGUGCAGAUGAUUGACGACAAAGAUAUCGAACGGCAACUAAUUGCCACGAUCAAUCUACUACCGCAAGCCAAUCGCGAUACGAUGGCCUACUUAAUUCUACACUUGCAACGAGUUGCAAGCUGGAAUGCUGUUCAGAUGCCCAUUGAAAAUUUGGCAAAAAUAUUCGGUCCAACCGUGUUGGGUUAUUCAUGUGCCGACCCCGAUCAUCAUGCCAUUUUAUCCGAGACAAUGGUACAAAAAGAUGUGAUGGAAAAUCUUUUGAAUAUUCCGGCCAAUUUCUGGGCACGUUUCAUCAAUGCUGAUUCAACCGAUACAGAAAGUCAAAAAUCUUCGGGAUAUUCAUUCUUUGGCACGCCAACCGCCAGAGUUCUGAACAAUACCAUGCGCAAAGAGAGAAGAUUCUUUGCAACACCGCCGUAUUCAUCAAGACGCUAGAUAAAUUUUACCAUAAUUUUAAGUCAAUUUUCACCAAAUCAAACAUCGAAUACAUUCCACAAAAGUGUAAAAGUUUUUAAAAAUGUACAAGAAUACGUUGUCCAAAAAAUGUAGUUCAAGUGUAAGCUUAAGCCGUUUUUUUUCUCACAAUGGAAAAACUGUUUAACUUUUAUUUUAAAAUUCCUGUUCUAAUUUAAAAAAAAAAACAACAACAAAAAAAGAUUAAAUUUUUCCAAACAACAAUGUUUAAA